AUGCCCGAAUCUGAGCGUCUGAAGGAGGCUCGUCGAGCCUUUGGUGACGUCAACCGUUCACGCGAGUCGCAUGAUCGGAGGCUUGAGGACUUUAAUGUUGAUAUCAGGAAGAACAGUGCUCUGCGAAAUCGUUCACUUGUUCUUUCUUCCUUUGCUGGCCUUGUCACAGCGGCUGGGGUGUUUGGUGCCACGAGCGGUUUGCGGCAUGUGAAUGACAAAUGUGGUUUUCCGACAGUGAUUACCGGUCAACUACUUCUGCAAUCCAUUGCUGGCGGGGGUGCUGUUGCUUACACCGCUUGUCUUGCACUGUCAUUUGAACGCACUGUGUACGAUGUUGAGCUGAAACGUGAACUUUGGGAGAUAGAGAACCACCUUGCAGGGGAGAUUCAAGAGAUGGUGGCAAUUUACAAGUCUCAGGGGCUUUCUGAGGGGGAUGCUCUUACGAUCACACGCAUCUUUGCAAGGCACAGAGAGCCUUUUGCAAAUCUCAUGAUGGUAGAAGAGCUCGGCUACUCUCGGUUGGAGCCACCAUGUCGUAGGGAAGCUGUGGUGGAUGCCGCACUUCCUGCUGCCGUUGGCUACACAAUGGGGUGCUUGCUGCCACUUGCUCCACUGCUGGCGCGGCACUUAUGUGCCUCACGAGUUCAGGUGCUGGUGCUCUGCAUGUUGACAACGGGUGGCGUGUUUGUGAGUGUGGCGCAGUCGGAGGUGUUCUACGGCAGCUACGUAAGCAAUUCGAAGGUACUGAAGGUAAUUGCGUGCAACCUGUCAGCGAUGGGGGCUGUUUUUGGCGCCGCGCGAGCGGCAUCACAGUUUUUUUCUUCUGUAUGGCAACAGUGA